CUUGCUAGGUUUGCCGAACCAACUAAUCCUCAGGGGACUCUUAGAAAAAAGAAAAAAAAGCCUCAAAAUCCUCUCUAGUCUUCUUCUAGAAACACCUUCUCUCUCAUUUAGAGUCUUUCAAAAAAAAAUGGCGGUUACAUCUUCUAGAACCAGAUCAACCGGUACUGCGCUACGCUCUUCGUCAGGCUUCGCUUCCUCCACAACCUCCACCUUCUCGUCCCGUUCUUCAGCUUUCUUCAGCAACCAACAUCAACAACAACAACCUCACCACAGAUCCGCGUCACCUACGCGCGUGAACCUCUUCGCAUCAUCGCCAUUAAAACAAUCGUUCCGUUACUCGAUCGAUUCCAGAUCUAUAUCCCCUAACCACAGAUCCAUCGCCGUCUCGAAGCCAAGCAGUGGUAGUAAGAUCCCCGAUUCGAGGAGGAGGUGCAUGUGCUCGCCGACGACUCACCCCGGCUCGUUCCGGUGCGCUUUACACAAGAACGUGGCGAAUCCGCACGGUCAAGGCGCCGCGGUUACGGCGUCGUAUCCGACGAACAGUUUGAAUAUGAGAAGAUCGGCGAUGACGAAUUCGCUGGUGAGGAUCGGUGGAGUUGAAGGUGAGUGGGUGAGGAGAGCGUUGACGACGUUGAUAAGGCCGUCCUCGCAUCAGCAGAAGAGAAGGUCCGCGUAUCAGCCUAGGCCUAGUAGGCUAUCGACUAUGUCGAAAGCAGGAGAAGGUGUUUGAUCAGGUUUUAGGGCUUUGUGUCACUGAAUCGGCCUCAGGAGAUAUCGUUUCUGGUAGAGCUGUGGGAGAUAGAUCCGGCGAAGGGAGCUGAGACUCGGGUCGGGUCUGCGCGUACGGGUUGAAUCAGGGAGUUAUGUAAACGGUGCCGGAAACGACGCCGUCUUAAUUUUGUGUUUUGUUUUGUUGGGUGAAGAUGAAUUGUACAUAGUAGUACUUCAUUUGCUAUUGAAGCGCACUGAAUUUCCAUAAGCUCGAAAAGUAUCUAAGAACACUUAGUAGUAGAAUUGGUUGUUAAAAAUCAAAUGGAACAAAGGGACAUGGUUUUAUAUAUUCUGAUUCCAGUUUCUACA